CAUCGCGUCUACAGCGACCGAGUCUCGCGAGAGAGCGCGGGCCGGGCCGGCGCGGCGGGGCUGGGCCUGAGGAGCCGGCGGGGGCUGAGGGCGAUCCUGGCUUCCCCCGGCCCCUCCGUCCUGCCCGGACGUUGCCCCGGGCGGCGAGCUACUCCCUGGAGGGCAGUGACCCAGUGCUUGACAUCUCAGCAACUAUGUUACAAGUAAUAAUACAAAUAAUUUAAAGCAAUUAAGUUGCUGAAUAAGCUGUGUUUUUCCUGCACAGCCGGAUUUCGGGGUGUAGGAAAGAGCCUGGUAUUUAACUCCAGUGUCAUAAAGGCCCAGCGCUGGGAGGCUCUGGGUGGCUGGGCUGCCUUACAAAGGAUGACACAAGUGUCAUCAUAUGCAUGUACUCUGUUCUUAGUGGAAAAUGUUGCCAGCCCUAUGUAGCUGAAUUGGGACCCUGAAUGAAAUGCAUGCCUUGACUUAUUUCCACGUAAAAAGCGGAAAACUUGCAUCCUUUCUUCCCUGUUACUUGUUCUUUCCCAUUUUCUUCUAUGUAUCAUGGGAAUUAUAUGUUUUGGGUAUUUUGGAGUGUAAAUAAUGUUCAAGUGGCAAAGAAUUUUUUCCUGACUUUAUGAAUUGAGUGGGUAACCAGCUCUCUUAUCCCUAUAAACAGUCCCCAACAGAGCAAUGUUCCUCAGUUCUUGUCACUUUCUAACUGAGUAAUUUUGUAAAGCAUUUUGAUGGCUCUGUGGGAGUAUAGAGGAAAAGAGAGGGAGCGACAAUAAAACUAGUGACAUUAAAUAAUGUUAUAUACUCUAAAUCUCUUCCUGCCUGAAGUUAUCUUUAAUGAAUAGUUUUCCUGGCUGACUUUGAUAUCACACUGAUGUGGUCAAAGGAGACAUCCCUCCUGUUUUACCUUGAAGUAUAUAUUGAGCAUUUUUGGUCUGAUAUCCAGAAGAACUGCACCCAGGAAGGUGGCUGAUAAGUGAGGUUUUCUUAGAAGUCACAAAAGCAGGUCUACUGCCCACUCCAAUAGCACACAGCAACAAUAAAAGAAUCUUGUUUCCUCAGUUGGAGCAACCAGAGAUUAAAUGCACACAUCAUGGUGCUUUCUAUCAAAACCCUCCUUGUGGCAGCUGCCUUUGCUACAUGUCACCUUUCAGUAUAUGGAAUAGCUAGUCUUUCUAGCUAGGACACUGUCCUGUAAAGCAUCAUGGAAUGGUUUGAGUUGGAGGGGACCUUAAAGAUCACCUAGUUCUAGCCCCUCGCCAUGGGCAGGGACACCUUCCACCAGAUCAGCUGCAUCCAACCUGGCCUUGGACACUUCUGGGGAUGGAGGAGGAAACCAUCUGCAGAUUCAUUGAGCAAGGAAGAUUUUUGGAAGCUUGUGAACAAAUUCAUAAUCUGGAGCAUUCUGGAAAUGAUGGUAUGAAAAAGUCUGAAUCACUUUAUGUGCUGCUGGCUGAACAAAUGUGGACUGUAGUGGGAGAAGCACUUGGUGGAAGUGACAGGAUGCUCCUGGAGCCAUUGCAGUCAGUGGGGGAAUCACUGAAGUGGGAGAAGCAGAAGGAAGCAGAGUGGCUUGGUAAUGGCCUAGAGACAGAGUCUGUUUCCACCUGGAGCCCAAACUUCUGGAGAAAAGAUCUGGAGGAAAAGCUAAUGCAAUACAUGACCGCGCAGAUCCCCCUGUUUGGUUCCUCUGAUAACACAGAUGAGACUGCACUAAAACAGCACCUGAAUCAUCUGGAAACGACAUUUCUCCACAGCCUGGAGCACAGGAGUGAUAUCUUCAAGGAAGCAGGAUUGCUCAUCACCUAUGCCCGCUGCUGUCAUGCCUCUUUGUGUUCUCACCUUGCCACACUUACUGACAGUAACUGUUUCAGUUUCAGCCAAAGUCUUUUAAUUUAUGAAUGGAGCAUUAAAAUGUACAAAAGUGGCAGCCAGGCAUGUGUGAGACCAGGGCACAUCCCCCAGCACAGACUUUCCCUUGGUGCACAGUGCCUCGUGUGGAUUCUUUUGAAGACUGAGGAAAAAUUACUUGCAAUCGCACGGAAGGAAGUAGGGGAAGCGCUGAAAGAAGCCUUUGAUAUUGGGAAACCCCCUUGUGCAGAUGCUGCAGUCAUUGAGAUACUAACAGAGAAGACAGAGGCUGCCAGGCGAGUCAGCGAGAGCCUGAGCGAGAAGGUGGAAGCUGAGUGCCUGGAGGAGUGCCUGAGGUUCCUGGAGAGCUAUGAAGAUGAAGUAAGAAACUUUCUCCAGCUUGAUGGCUGCCCGAAGAUCUGCAGCAGCUUACGAAUCCUGGAGAAUUGCUGUCUUCUCAGAACUGUCUGGCAUAAGCUAACAUACAUUUGCAGUGUCAGCACUGAGCAGAAUAUUAAGGUAAAUGGAUUUCUACACAGGAUGGAAGAUGACAUUAUGGAGCAUUUUCUGCAGACCAUCACUUCUAAAGUCAAGGGAACACUGAAGGACCACUUCAAAAAGUGUGACAGUGGUUUUGACCACUUCCUUGAAUCCUUAAAUCAAAGCUUUUUGACCUUCGGGAAGAAAAAAACAGAUAUAUAUGAGGCCCUCAUCAAGGCUGUCAAUGCCAUCAUUAUCACAGAAUACAUGCAGGCCCUCCUGACCACUCCCAGGAAACCAUCUGCUAUGCAGAGGAGGAGGAUUGUCAACAAGAUAGAAGAAGAUCAUAGGAUGAUGCAAACCAUCUUUAAAGAGUGCUUAGGUCCUGCAGCUGGUUCUCUCAAGGAUCCCAUAAAAGCAAUUUUAGAACUUAUUCAAACUUCUGAUCCUGAGGGGAUGAAAAUAGCACUUCUGCCCAUUCUAAAAGAAUUUCCUGACCUCAGGAAGGAACAUCUGAGUGCAGUGCUGGACAUCAAAGAUGUGCUCAACCGAGAGGACAGAGCUGCUCUUUUGAAGACAUUUCACGAUAAUUGCAGGGAAUCGGAAACAGAAGCAAACUUGCUUUUUGCAGAUAUAGAAGUAAAACCUAGAAAAUAUGGACUCUGUGGCUGCCUCUGCUGUUAGCAAAGGCCUGCUGGGACAGACAUGAGGCUUUGCUCCCCUGUGCCAGUGUCUGCAAGCUCCUUGAAAGCUUCACAUGCAGCUGGAUGCAUGGAGAAGCCUAUCAGCCAUGGAAGACAAAACUCCUGCACUUUUGCAGGAAAAACAUGUGGGUCAAAUCCUAAUCUUAUAUGUAAAAUCCAGGAGUAAGAUGAUUGAUAUGGUAGAAAGACAUUUCUUCAAAACUUCCUAGAGAUUGCCAUGCAACUGAGUCCUGGUGGUUAUUCUCAGCAAGUGUGGAGGAGGAAGGUUUCCCCUCAUCAGAUUCCUCUCUGUUUCCAUGCCUUGUUCCAUGACAUCUCUAAUGAAACCAAGGACUGCUGUACCACAUGGUGUCCCAUCAUUGCAAUGUCACGAGGGAUCCAAGACCUCUGUUAGGGAAUAUUGCCUGGCUGAUUGUGCUGGCAAUGCCUGCAGGUCUAGGCACCUCAGUUUACCCCCCAAAGCCUCACCUGCACCAGGAGGGUGCAGACAAAGCUGCCUCUUCCCUCUCUCAUGAAGGCUGUGACCUGCUUUGGGGGCAGCCUGCCAUGGUGAGGUGUGGGAUGGGGAGUUCUUCCUGUAUGAGUUUUACAGAUGGCUCAGGAGCAUAGUCUUGCAUCAAUUUUUAUACCUCACUUACUGGAAAUUUCCUCUUGGACAGGGAGGGGAAAACCUCAUGGGAAGCAGGCAGUAAAAGGAGCUGUUUGUCCCAGCCUCUGGGCAAGGUCUCUGCUAGUUUUCACAUGUAAAUGGGCAGUUCCAAAGGAAAAACACUGACUUCUUCCUGGUUAUCUAUGGACUGGUCACAGCUGCCAAGCUGAAUGUGGUUCAAGGCCCUCCUUUGCUAUUGUGUGAAUAUAGGCCAUUACUGCUCCUCUCUGACAACAUAACUGAGCAAAAAACUCUACCUCAAAUGUGCCAGUGUUUUUCUGAGCAGCCAUUCCCCCUUGAGUCUGCCUCCCUAACAAGAGGGAAAGUCUGUGUGUAACCUGUCAAUGUGUGUAGCAGCAGACAUGUCAUGCCCUGGUACCCUGAGAAAUGCAGACCCAGCUGGGUGCUGUCACAUUCUGCAGUGCUGUGCCAUCACCCCAGGGGCACAGGUGCCCCCUCCCAGAGACCUGUGUGCAGAUGGGGUCCUGUGAGCUAGAAAGGAGCCAGGGCAGGUUUGUAAUUGUCAUUAGCUUUGUUCCUGGUGCAGUGCUGAGUUACUCCAUCUCCAGAGAGUCCUCUGUGUGCUUUCAGGGCACCAGGAGACCUUGGCACUGCUACGCUUCAUCCCUCAUGUCACUGAAGGGCAGUGAAAGCAUGCCAUCACCUGCUUGCCCUUCCUGACUGCACAGCUGCUCAAAAGGCCAGUGCUGGUGUCCCUAACAUUUCAUGGCUGUCCACUGUGGCUUCAGUGAGACCUUCCCUGUGAUGUGGGAAGGCUGGGGAAUCUGGAGGAGCCACAACCUGGCUGGGUGGGCAUGCGUUGGGCUGCAGGGCUGGAUGAGCACCUGCCUUCUGAAGGUGGCCAGUCCUGCCAGGCACUCUGAGCCAGUCACCCAUCCCUCCUGCUGAACUGCACAUUUUUUCAAGGGUGGGGAGAAAUGUCAGACCUGAAUGACAGACCCUAUUGUGAUGGCAGGGUCAGGGUCAGCCUCUGCCAAUGGGGAUUUCAAGCAACAAGCCUUCCAGAGAAAAUAAAUGAAACCUUCUCUGACAUUUCCAUCACUGUUGGGCUAAAAAUAAUCUGUCAGCAUGUGGACAGCUCUGGCCAUGCACAUGUCAAUGUCUGUGUGUGUCUGUGCUGUUUGACAUCUGCAGCCAGACAAGGGUGCGUUCUGCUUGGAAUCAGCAGCUGGGAGCCCUGAGGGACACCAGGCUUGCCAUUGCUGUGUGCAGAUCAAUGAGGUUUUGUAGCAGCAAGUUUUUGCACCAUGUGUGAAGCAUCCACUCAUCAAGAGACCAAAUAAAGACU